AGAGACUAGAAAAAAGGAACACUAGUUAACUCUUGGAGGAACAGUUUGCCCCUGAAGCCCCAAAACAUUUGCACAGCCCAGGCCUGAGGUUUCCCCUGACCCACUGCAGCCCUUCCCGGCCCCAUCCCCAGAUGCGGGUGGCUGAUGGGCUCUGAUGACUGGGGCCUGGCUUGCAGGCUAGAGGCGGCCGAGGCUGCGGGAGGAGUGAGCCCCGAGUCCCCCCUGGAGCGUGGCGCUGUGUCGGGGCCAGAGCAGCCGGAGCUGGACACGGAGCAGGCACAGGCCAGCUACCGCGACCUGUGGAGCCUGCGCGCCUCGCUCGAGCUGCAUGCAGCUACCGCCUCAGACCACAGCAGCAGUGGUAAUGACCGCGACUCGGUGCGCAGUGGUGACAGCUCUGGCUCAGGGGGCACGGCGCCCGCCUUCCCGCCACCCUCACCGCCCAUGCCCCCGCGCCCCAAGGACGGUGAGGCUCGCCGGCUGCUGCAGAUGGACAGCGGCUACGCCAGCAUCGAGGGUGGCCGCGGUGCAGUCCCUCCCGCACCCCGGCCUUCGCGUGCGCCCUUGCGCCGUGGCGACAGUGUCGACUGUCCACCCGAGGGCCGUGCACUGGCCAGCACGGGCGACGAUCUGGCUAUUCCCGUCAUCGAGGAGGAGCCUGGUGGGGGUGGGGGUGGCGGGGGCUGCCCUGGCUCAGGCCUCUGCGUGGAGCCCCCCGGGGAGUUGCUGGACAAGCUCGUGGCCGGCCUCGAGGAGAGACUCUUCCCCCCGCGCCUGGCAGAGCCCGUCCCAGCAGCCCCGGUGCUGGUCGUCGCCGCUGCCCCUACGUCCCCCGACCACAGCCCGGCCUAA